UUCGCUGACUAGAGACAGUUGCGUGCCUCAACAGCGACACGCACGCGAAUUGAGCUUAGUUUUCUGAAGCUCUGCGCGCCAUGUCGUCGUCGCCGGAGACGAAGGACGCUGACAACAGCGCCGGCGAGGGCAGUGGGGAGAGGGGGAGGAAGUACAAGGGCGUGCGGCGUCGCAAGUGGGGCAAGUGGGUGUCGGAGAUCCGGCUGCCCAACAGCCGCGAGCGCGUGUGGCUCGGCUCCUACGACGCCCCCGACAAGGCCGCCCGCGCCUUCGACGCCGCAUUCGUCUGCCUCCGCGGCGCCCACGCCCCUGGAGCCGAGCUCAACUUCCCCGACUCUCCGCCUCCAUUAACACGCCGCCUGGAUGCCGCGGCCGCCGUCGACCCGCAGGAGGUGCAGGCCGCCGCGCUCUCCCACGCCAACCGCGCCGGGCCCACCGUCGUCUCCGCCUCCGAUGGACCCUCCUCGCGGCCGGUGCCGGCCGCCAUGGCAAUGGACGACGUGCUUGGCAGCGAAGCCGGGGUGACGGCAGGGAGCGAGGACGGAAGCGGCAUCGACUGGCGGCCGGCCAUGGCGCCGCUCUACUCGCCCACGGGCUGGCCUGCAGGCAAUGCGUACGACUUCUUGCACGUUCCGUCGACGCCGCUUCCAUUUGGCGACGACGAGGACAUGGAGGAUCAGGCCGGGAGCAGCCAUGCCGCCAUGGCUUCGCUCUGGAGCUUUGAUCCCUGAGAUCAUACUCUCAUACUCCUACUUCAGAUAAUACUGACACUUGUGUCUACUUAUGAUGCUGUUACCAGCUGCUUCAUCUUCAUAUGCAUGCAAUCAACCCAAACCAUGCAUGCAUGUCCUUUUUUUUCUGAGUUACAAACCAUGCAUUUAGAGCCGUGCAGCCCUUUUUUUAUUCGGGUGCAUUGCUACGAGUAUAUAUCUACGUAUUAAGACGUCCGUUGCUGUUACUAGCUAGCAACACAGCUGGUUAAAAUUUGAAGUUCGGAAUUUGUAUGCAUGUUAAUCCGUUAUGUCUGCCAGGGAUACCUGUUGCUGAGGCUAUAUAGAGA